AUGUUGCGCCCCAUUCUCCGCAUUCCUACAAAUCGCCGACAACCACCGCCUCCAACUUUCUCCUCACUUCCCUCCCGCAACCACCUCGGAUGGACUAGCGAUGACCAACCCAGAGCUGCGGCGGCAGGUGAUCAACAUCUACAAAGUUUCAUGAUGGGAUGGGCUGACAACCCACCCGGUGGACAUACAGAGCUCCUCUUUCUAGGCCGCGAAUACCCCCAGGGGUACCAGUGGUUCCGGACCCGGCUCCAUCGCGCGUUUGCAAGCCAGGCUUCGCUACGUGAUGACGAGGAGAUCCGGAAGGGGAUCAGUAGGGCGGAGUUUGUGAAGAAAGGUUCGUUAUAUAUGACUGCCACCCACAUCCACGGCGAUCGGGUUGCUAAAUCGUUUCAAUGUCGAUAUCCAGAAAUUGAAACCAUGUAUUACCUGAAGCGGUACCGGGCGCUGAAACAGCGCUACGAGGAUCCUUGA